GCAAGGAAGGAAGGAAGGAAGGAUGCAGGCAGAGUUCUCUGCAGCAGCAGAAGCAGCAGCCGCCCCUCUGCCAAGACCAUCCAGAACAGCUAUUGCUAGGUCCACAACACCACCCCUGUUGGCACCUCCAUCUGUACCUCCACCCUCACCUCCAUCCAUACAUCAGUCCGUACCUCCAUCCGCACCUCCAUCCAUAAAUCAUUCUGUACCUCCAUCCGCACCUCCAUCCAUACUUCAGUCCGUACCUCCAUCCUCGCCUCCAUCCGUACAUCGGUCCUUACCUCCAUCUGCACCACUGCCUGCACCUGCGUAUGUACAUGGGGUCCACAACACCACCCCUGUUUGCACCUCCGUCUGUACCUCCAUCUGCACCUCCAUCCACACCUCCAUCUGCACCUCCAUCCGUACAUCAGUCUGCACUUCCACCUGUACCUCCAUCCGUACAUCGGUCCGUACCUCCAUCCGUACAGCAGUCCAUACCUCCAUCCGCACCUCCGUCCAUACAUUGGUCCGUACCUCCAUCCGCACAUCUGUCCGUACCUCCAUCUGCACCACCGCCUGCACCUGCCUCUGUACAUGGGAAGUUCGGGUGCAGGAAGCGAGGGGGGGAGAAAGAGAAGCUGGAAGAAGCGCAACUGAGCGGGGAGGAAGGUGAUCUGCAAAAGACCAACCUUUGUUAUUUUUGUAAAUUAUUAUUAUUAUUAUUGCUGCUAUUGUUAUUGUUACUGUUGUUGUUAUUAUUAUAAUUAUAAUUAAAAAACACAUACUUCUGA